AUGUCUACCUCCAGCCAGGAGGACUUUGAUGAUGAGGGUAUCCCAUAUGACCAGAGACGAGGGAUCCGACCUCAGGUUUUUGCGCUAAACACCGAGGCAAAAAGCGAUAGAUUCUCAGUGAAACAUGACCAAGCUGCGCCUAGUGUUGCUACGUGGAGGUCCAACCUGGCUGACUUUAUCCGAAAGGCAGCUUCCUCGCAGAGACGGAACCUCCUUUUUGCGGCAUACGGAUCUGAGAUAUAUGUUUGGAUACCAUCGGGACCUCUGCAGCUUUUGGGAACGCAGCCUGAGAUGAUCAUCCAUCCUGUGAUGCGAGACCCGAAUGCAGACGGGUAUAUUGACCGAUCAAAUCCUCACACUAUCAAUGCUAUCUUGGUGGACGACCUUGGCCUGGAGGAGAUACUCUUACUGGGGACGGACUCUGGCAAUGUCUGCGCCUACCACGUGGAGGCCAUAUACUCCGCAGUGGUCCGAUGCGCCAGUCGAGGGCACCAGCGACCCUUUGAUGGUUCAGAGGUCACGCCUUUCUUUACGGAAAUCGUCGGCAUGAGCGCAUGGGGACUGGCAACACAUAAAUUUGCUCGUCUGAUCGCUGUCAGCGCCAACACCGGCCAGAUCACAGUGUUCGCAUUCGCGCUUGUGGAUUCUACACCCGUCAAAGAAAAAACUGGCGCAGACUUUUUAGUAGAUGAGCAUUUUGCACAGCCGGACCGAGAUUGGUUUCACGUUGAUACUAAGAAGCAAUUUCAGGAACUUCAGGACCUGAUGCCAGUCAACCAUCGAUCCCGGAAUUUACGACUUAGCUACAGGGGCCACUACAAUAACAUACCAUCUGUGUCAUUUGCGAACUUUGACCUGGAUGCCAAUGGCGAGUGGAUGGUGAGCACGGACAUAACGAAUCGAGUCAUAAUAUGGCGAAUCUGGGACGACUUAUACCCGCAUCGAGUAUAUUAUCCUGGUCAUCCUGAAAACAAUCCACCCCAAAGGGGCUGGACUGUGCUUCCGCUAGAUCCACGCACCUUCAAACGCCAUCAAUCCAUAGAAGACGCUUGUGGUUGUACACCAGCAUCACUUAUUAAAGGGGCGAGAGUAAUUCUGGAUCUAUCGAGGGGAAUCGCGGAGAUCAAUGAUGCGUCUCAGGUUCUCGUUACCGGUGACACCGAGUCUGAAAUUCCAGAAAUCCAUGGCCUCCCAGAUGAUAUCUUCCUUCAAAUACCAGAAUCUGAAGGAGAUUUCGAGCAAAGCGCAAAUGAAAAUGGUGCUGUACGCAACCUGCCCUCAAAUUCAGACGCAGACUUCCCAAAGGAAAAUCAGUCACGCUCAGUUCUCCAGGAUAAGCGUCCGCUGUCGAGCCUGUUUGAAGACGACAAUGAACACUACCGAGUGACCUCGAACCUACACCGUCAUUGGGUUGACGAGCUCGAGUAUGGCCCCAGUGUCGGAUUUUUAAAAUCACGAACUGUCCACCCGAACUCUCCAUCUUUUUACCCCGUCCUUCACUUCUCUGAACAUAACAUUAGCCUGGCGCCAUAUCCCUUAGAUUCCGAAUAUCACCUGCUGUCCAAAAGUGUCCUCUUUCAAACAACACCCAUCUCCAUGAUACCCAUCCACUCUGCCUGUGAUCGCUUUAAUAUGGUCGAAUACAUCCCCGAACUCGGCAUCGUGGUUGCUGCCUCGCAGAAAGGCCGCGUUGCAAUCAUCUGCCUGACCUGGCAAGAAGACGUCGGCUUCGCGUUCCGGGUUGACUGGAUUGUACCAUUUCUCUCACAAGAACGCCAAAAGAAACGCCCGCUGAUGCCUCUGCUUGGAAUCGCCGUUAGUCCAAUGCCAGGCUUUGAAAACCCAGCAGACGUCCCCAGUAUUCCCCAGGGGAUCGAUCCGGACGACUGGCUUUCCUUCAACUACCGCUCCCUCGACUCAGAUGACGACGGGGAAGCUCCGCCUUAUCCAUCCUCAUCCAGCACCUCAAAUCAACACAAAUCUCAAUCCGCCUCAUUUACCAAACCAACCGACCAGACUAUCCCAAGAACGGAUGCUAGUCUUGAAUCCGAAUCCAAUUCCGAAUCUGAAUCCCAGUCUGAUCAAUCGCUGUCAGAAAAUGUAUCAAAAUCCGAACCUGUGAAUCAUGGCUAUACACUGGCAGAGCUCCACGCCGAAGCUUCAUCUGGAUACCGCCCUCAAGAAUCUUGGCAUGGCUGUCAUUCCUCCCGGCACUACCGUCUCUUCUUGCUGUAUGUUGAUCAUACCGUGAUGAGCUACGAGUUCUGGCACGAAUGGAAGAAUUAA